CAAUCAGACUUUCAGUUUUUGACAGCCAUGUCACUGAUUCUAAUGUAAUAAGUUAAGGAUUUUAUUUCAGUUUUAAUUACCUUCAAAAAAUCUGUAGUAUUAAUGAAAUUGCAAGUGCAUUUUAUUCUAUUACAUUUAGUAAUAAUCAUUUUAAUAAUAUAUGUCCGAAGUAAUUAUUGUCAAUAAAAGCGUUCAUAAAUUCGGUAACAAAUCGUUUUGGUGUUAUUGUCCCGAAUGUGGCCACAGGAUAAAAACUCGCACGAAGUACAUACCGACAAGAGGUGCUCAUUUACUAGCAAUACUUCUCUGCUUAUCUAUGUGUCUACCAUUCAUAUGCCUGCCAUAUUUCUUGCCUUCCUGUCAAGAUGUUGAACAUUAUUGCCCAUCCUGCAAUGCAUACAUUGGAACAUUCAAGUCUAAACACAUGAAAUGGAAUUGGAGGGAAAUGAAAUGGGUUUACACGGAAUAAGAAUUUAAAAAAUGGAUUCCAUGUGGUUACUUCUAUACGAAAAAUUUGUGUUGUUGACAUAACUUGAAAUUUAAAGUCGACUGAUAUAUUUUAAAGUACAUUACACAUAUUACAAU